GCAAUGAAGAGAAAAGAAAUUCCAUCAGCAUCAAAAGCUUCUCUAGUCAACUCACUUCAGUCACUCAUUCGACUUACUCUCAACCAAUCAACAAUUUCACUUCGCAAACUUUUUUCAAGUUCCAACCCAACCAACACCAAUCCUUCAAAAUGCAGCACCGCACCAUCAUCGCUCUCAUCACCCUGCUCGCCGCAGCAGCCCACUCGGCCCCCGUCGGCACUGCUCCCGCCGGAGCGCUGGCCGCUCCCGUACACAUGUCGAAGAGCAUCGCUCGUGAGGCACCUCACGGCGUAGCCACCGGCAUCAAGGGCAGCGCCAAGGGCGCCGAGGGGUCAUCUGAUGAAGAACACCGAGCCAACGAAGCCGACCGCCUCGCCGCAGGCGGCGGACGCAUCGGCGGACAGCAAGGGCAGCACGCGCAGGAGCAGAGCGAACACGCCGCUAGCCAGGACCAGAACGCGGCCGCGCAGGAGCAAGAGGCCCAGCGCCAGGACCAGCAGGCGCACCAAGAAGGCCAAAAGGCCGCCAGCGGCGAGAAGCACCAGUUCGGCGCGGGCUACGACUCCAGCGAGCACGGCCAGAAGUCUUCCAACCAGGGCACUUACGGAGCCGACCGCGCGGCCUCCAAGAAGGGCUUCGCGCAGAAUAACAAGAGCGGCGCCAAGAGCGGCGACCACUUCUACCACGACCAGUCCGACGACUUCCGCGAGCACGGCGCCGGCGCCAAGGCCGCCGUCGAGGGCUCUGAGUCCGCGGGCGAGGCCACCCACAAAGACCAGCAGAAGAGCAAGGCCGCUGCCGAAGGCACCAAGAACCGGGAGCAGGGCGCGCAGUCCGCCGCGGAGGGAUCGCACCUUGCUGGCGAGGCUGCCCACGGCGGCGCUGCCGGCUCCCACGUCGCUUCCGAGGAGGACAAGAAGAAGAGCCAGAACAAGGAAGAGGAGGGUGAUCUUGCUAGCUUCUUCACCGGUUUGACUGGUGGUCUUAACCACUAAGCUGUUCACCUACCUAAGGUCAGCCAUCAGAGAAUGUGCUAUUAGGCAGGCUUUCUUGUGGAUCGUGUAGCAUCUUGGUUGAGCGGUUUAUUCUGAUAGCAUCAUGAGGGAUAGUGUGGGAAAAUUGGAAAUAU